UAGAUUGUUAUUGAAACGAAUUUUUGUUAAAAUUCUAGAUCUAGAUCUCGAUUUGGCAUUAUUAAUCGAAAACGUUGCUAAUGUAUAGAAGGCGAGGUCAUCUGAAUAUUUUCUUUUUUUCAAGCUAAAGGACAUGGAGGAUUACGCACGUGAACCAUGUCCAUGGCGCAUCAUGGAGGACUGUGGGGGGGCCUUCUCUAUGGGAGCUAUUGGUGGUUCACUGUUUCAUGGAAUUAAAGGCUUCAGAAAUGCUCCAAGUGGUAACUACAGGAGGUUGAUCAGCAGUUUUGUCACAUUGAAAGAAAGAGCUCCAGUUGUUGGAGGUAACUUUGCUGUGUGGGGUGGAUUAUUUUCUGCCAUUGAUUGUUCUAUGGUCUACUUGAGAAAAAAAGAAGAUCCUUGGAAUUCCAUAACUAGUGGUGCGCUAACAGGAGCUAUUCUGUCUGUUAGGAAUGGUACAGGCGCCAUUAUUGGAUCUGCUAUAAUAGGUGGAGUUUUACUUGCAAUGAUUGAAGGCUUCGGCAUCAUGUUCACAAGGUUCACCGCAGAGCAGUUUAAUCCAGCCAAUCGCAUGAUGGAAGAAGAUCUUGCUCUGUCAGGCCAACAGUUUCCCAACCCUGGCUCUAUAGGUGGACAAGAAGGUAGCCCUAUGUUUGGACAACAGCACUCAUAUCAAUAACAUUCGGGUUCAUUUGAUAGGUUUUGUACAUAUUAUUAUUAUUUUUUUUUAAAUCACAUCAACAGAAAAGUUGUCAAUUGUUUCAAGACCAUGAAAUGUUUUUGUUCAUGAGGCCAUAAAGAAAACAAAACAUCAGCUAGUUCCCCUUUCUAGUGUUGCACUCAAUGGGAUGGACUAUGUAGGUGAUCUGGGCUGAGAGUCAAUGGGAUGGACUAUGUAGGUGAUCUGGGCUGGGAGUCAAUGGGAUGGACUAUGUAGGUGAUCUGGGCUGGGAGUCAAUGGGAUGGACUAUGUAGGUGAUCUGGGCUGGGAGUCUUGUUUUCAUUGAAAUAAAUGGUUAUUAAUUGACAUUUAUAUAUCUAUAUAUAAAAAAGCAACCACCACAUAUUGUGGAUGUACAACUUGUAUUAUUUGUAUUGGCUCUGGUCCUGGAAAUCUAUUGACUCAAACUAUGACUUCAUUUUAUUUUUGUUCUGAUAAAAAGCAGGUGUCAAAAAUGUUUGCACCAUGUCAUAAUGAUUAUCAUUGUACAUAGAUAUCAUUAAAGCAUUUUAUUCUA